CAGAGCUCCAGAUUUUAAUGUGAUGCAACAAUCCUUGCUUCUGGGACACCCGAGGGCACAAAUGAAUCAUUAAGCCCACGCAUUUGCGCACAUACACUUAUUGUAUUCACUCAUUCACACACACACACACACACACAAGCACUGACACACACACAUCUCUGCGCUGAAGAUGUUCUGGCACACACACUCAGAGACAUACACUUGAGAGACAGCACAGCAUUCAUGUGGACACAAGGGUACGGCUCUGCAAGCGCGUGUGUGCCGAUCCCUCCGGAGGAGCCCGUCACGCCGUAACACUGAAGAUGCGUCUAGGAGCAUGAGCGCCGUCGGGAAGGAGCAUGACAUGGUGUGUGAGAAGGCGGUGGCCCUCAUAACUGACCUCUGCACGCAAGAGAGCCCCCUGUUAGAGCACAAGACCUGCGAGGAGUUUCUCUUCCUCAUCACCAACCAGGACUACAGCUUCAACCAAACCGACGUCACUGUUGGCAUCCCUGUUGGCGUUCUAGUGGCGUGCAGUUUGGCAUUGCUGCUACUGGUGGGGUUAGCUUCCUGGAAACUGUGCUGGAUACCUUGGCGCAAGAAGGCUGUGACGUCCUCCAGUUCUGUGGCCCUAACCGCGGACAGCUACCCGUCCCUUCAGCCGCUGUCGCGUGUCCCCAGUCCCCAGCAGCCCCUGGUUGGCAUGGCUAUGGAGAAAGUGAAGGAGUCGCUAACACCCAUGGGCUUCCUGGAGGCAGCCGUGAAGAUCAGCCACACAUCACCUGACAUUCCAGCAGAAGUGCAGCUCUCCAUGAAGGAGCACUUCCUGCGGCGUACACAGCGCAUGCAGAGACAGACCACAGAACCAGCCUCAUCCACCAGGCACAGCUCCUUCAAACGUCACCUGCCACGCCAGAUGCAAGUAGGAAGUCUGGAUCUGGGUGAUGACUAUGUGGACGUUGAUGCGCAGCCCACAAGCAUCGGGCGCAUCAAUCCUGAGCUCUACAAGCAGAGCAUGCUUGAGAGCGAAGAGUCAGCCAAGAAAGGUAGCGGCAAGACCUGUGGUAAGAUCAACUUCUCACUGCGCUACGACUACGAAAACGAGACACUGCUGGUCCACGUCCUCAAAGCUUUCGACUUGCCAGCUAAAGACCUCUGUGGCAGCUCAGACCCCUACGUCAAGAUCUACCUGCUCCCAGACCGUAAGAAGUUCCAGACGCGAGUCCACCGCAAGACGCUCAAUCCUACAUUUGAUGAAAUCUUUCAGUUCCCAGUGCCCUACGAUGAGCUGCAGAACAGGAAGCUCCACCUCAGCGUGUUUGACUUCGACCGCUUCUCAAGGCAUGACAUGAUUGGCGAAGUCGAAAUGGACAACCUGUUUGAGGUGUCCGAUCUCUCCCGGGAGACUUCCAUCUGGAAGGACAUCCAGUACUCCACCACUGAGAGCGUGGACCUUGGGGAGAUCAUGUUCUCACUAUGCUACCUGCCUACAGCUGGAAGACUUACACUCACUGUAAUCAAGUGCAGGAACCUCAAGGCCAUGGACAUCACAGGAUAUUCAGAUCCCUACGUCAAAGUGUCUCUCAUUUGUGACGGGAGACGUUUGAAAAAGAAGAAGACCACCAUCAAAAAGAAUACACUCAACCCCACCUACAACGAAGCCAUCAUUUUUGACAUCCCUCCAGAGAACAUGGAUCAAGUCAGCCUGCACAUCUCUGUCAUGGACUACGACCUGGUGGGUCAUAACGAGAUCAUUGGCGUGAACCGUGUAGGAUGCGGAGCUGAGGGCCUCGGCAGAGACCAUUGGAAUGAGAUGCUGGCGUACCCGCGCAAACCCAUUGCACACUGGCACCCCUUACUGGAGCCCAAGAAAUCAGAAAAAGAGUGGAAAACCAGGACUGCUAGUUUUGACAGUCAGGGUUCCUGCCCUUCCCCCAAAGCCCCCGCCAGCCCUUGAAUGGAACCACAUGUGCCCCAGAAGGCCUGGCUCCCUUUCCUGCUGUCUGUCUGUGUGCCCGAGGAAAAAAAUAAAAAGCAACAAAAAGUAAACCAGAACAUCAAAAUCCCUGCCAUCGCCAGGUCUACUCGGUUUCUCCAGGGCUUCUAAGCACCAGUUCCAUGCAGUAUUUCUCUAAAACCUCUGGAGUCCGAACCUUGUUUUGCAGUCAGUUCUUGGAGGCCUUGUGCACAAAUAAUUCACGGAACGCGACACCUUUUUUCGUACAGCAGAAGAAUUUUUUUUCCCUACCUUUCAAAAGGUGGAUGAAAUCUGACUAUGGCAUUAUCAGAAGAAUCACUUCAACAGGAUGAAGUUUUCCUUGUAGGAUGAUCACAUUACUCAGCGCUCGCUGCUUGGAAAAAAAACAGCUUAUCUCCGAGAGCCGAGCGUCUGGAAGUUAAAGGAAGGACAAUUCAAGCCAGAAAACGGAAAAAAGACUCAAUUUAAGGCAGUGAGAAGUGAUAAGAAUAGAAGAGAAAAAUUAAUUGUCAGCGUUUAGACGUGAAUAAACCUCUCCAGAUUCUUCUGGGACUUAACACAGAUGUUGUCGAAACUUUUACAAUAGCCGUCUUGAGCUUUAUUGAUGUCGUACAAAAAAAGAAAAAAGAAUUGUGUUAGUUAUGCCAUUUAAAAAAAGAUGCGUUCGCCAAUUCAAGCAGAGCACAAAGAUCUCAAGUGCUUUCCUUACUGUCCUCCAAAUAGAGAUAUUUUGCGAUGGUGUUAUUGGUGGAUGAUAGAAUAGUAACAUUUAUCUAUGUUAAAUUAACACAUUUAGACAAAACAAUGUUAGUCAGUACAUUAGUACUCAUGUUCUCAGUAGUCUCUCUGUAGUUUUUUGAUCUCCAUUUGAACUUUCUGCUAAAGAUUUAAAGUAGUUUUAUAGUUGAAGCUCAUGUUAAUCUGUUUUUGCUGUCAGUUAAUCAUCACUUGUGUUCAACGACUCCGUCAUCGGGUUGUUUGAUACGCAGUACCGGAAACAGAUUUUAUACAACUAAAAAUUAAGGGCAGAUGACGGUUAACAAAGUCAACCUUUUCUUAAACUUGACAUAUUAUUCGCACAAAACGAAGCACCAACAAUUCCUCUACAGGAAUAAGACAUGUGGAGUCAUGAUACAAAUCUCUAGAUGACAAAAACUCUUUAAAUCAAUGUGGCACUUCAGGUGUAAAUUAGGAUAUUUGAAGCCUGAGUGUUAUGAAUUACACACAUUACACUUAGGAUAAAAGUUUAAAUGCCAUUUUCUGACUCUUCAGAAAGCACGGUUGCACUCCAGCAAUUUACCAACAAGUGCUCUACAUAUGAAGGAUUUAUUCAUUAUUGCUGUAAUAACUUGGCUGUUGACUGUAUUUGUCACGCUUAACAAACACAUUUUUUAUACUGCUGGGUCUCUUUUAUGAUUCCUUCCUCACAAAAAAAAAAAAAGCAGAACGCAGCAGUUUCUAUAAGCGCUCGGCCAUCGUAGGAGAAAAAGGAGCUCACGGGGAAAAAGAUGCAUGCAGGCAAAAGCAAACUGAAACACUUUUACCUUUUUGCUAUGAAGGUGAGCUGCGGUUCUUCUCCAUCACAUACUCAACCCAGUACACUACACUUAGAAUUCAUUAUAAAGCCUUGAAUUCAUCAUCGUGCGCCCAGUGUGAUGAAAACCAUGGAAUAGAUGUCCGACGGUAUUUCGUGUUAAAUCGUAACAAACGUCAUACCUGAUAAAAGCACAGAGCGAUAAAAAAUAAAAGUAGAGACUUUAAAAGAUGCAAUACAAAACCAUCUAAAGGGGUGGCAAAAAAAAUUGUCACAUUUCUUACAAUUUUGUAGCAUCAUUGUUCCCAUUAAGUAAUUUUUCAAAAAUUGUUCUACCUAAAAACCUAAAGAAACUUAUAUUUGUCCUUGUGAAUUGAUGUUUUUCACGUUUUAAUGCCAUUAACUGAUGUUCUUGUUUUGACUGUAAUGUAAUAUGUUAUGAUGCUGUUUGUGUGGCCGUCUGGGAAAAGCCAUCAGAAUUUGCAGCUGAAUUCUGGCAAAUAGAUGAAAUCAGACCUGCUGAUACGCACAUAUUUUGUUCUAGGACCUUCGAAUUUUAAUGUCAGAGUACACUGCUACAAGUUAUUUCUCAAAAGGACACCAAAAGGGGCAUUUUUUCUGACAAUAAAGAAAAAUGUUUCUGUCCUGUUAUUUUUCUUGCUUUAAACAUGUGCCGUCACUUUCUGACAAAUUAAAAGACUUAUGAGUUCAUUAAUGCGAUAUAAAAUCUAUCAACUGUAUGUUUGACUUAACAUUAGAGAAGCAUAUAUAUUAUCAAUGCCACAGAAAAUAUUUCUGUCCAAAAUACAAUAAAAAAUUUCGUUCAGAUUUUUCAAAAAGAAAAGACUACAGAAAUAUGCAAUGAAAUGCCGAGUCUAGUACUUUAAAUGUUUAAAAAAAAAAUGUAAUGAUAAUUAAAAGAUGAUUUAGCAACAGCAGGCAAACCCAUUAGCCUGGUGGUUACCGUAAAACCCUGAAUAUAUGUGCUCUAUACUUUCAUUACACCUUAAAUAAUUCAUUAUUAUUAUUAUUAUUAUAUUAUUAUUAUUAUUAUUAUUAUUAUUAUUAUUAUUAUUAUUAUUAUUCAUAAUUCAAUUCUAUUUUGAAGAUGUCAUGCAUUUAUUUUUCCCUCUUAUCCCUGUGCUGUUCAGCAAACUCUGGUCUGCCUGAAAAAUGAAAAAUUUUUUCUGGGUCAGUGCAAAAUUUUGAAAGGCGUAUAUAUUCUAAAAUGUCAAACUUUCGCCAUGAGUUUUCCCAGACCACCACAUGUUUAUAUUCAUUAUUUAGGGUCACAUUGAGUUGAGCUUUAGUUCAGUUCUCUCUGUUGUACACAACUCAUUCUAGACAUUAUUACUUCUUUAAAAGCUAAAGCAACUUUGACAUUAGAGCUCAGAACACUUGGGAACAGCAUUAACUUAGAUUAGACACUUCCUUUUGGAUGUCAUCCUGCAGGCAUCCCAGUGCUGUGGUGUGUUUUAAAUCACGUCUCAGUGAGGAUUACAGUGGAAUUAACAUCUGCGAAGGAGCUACAAGUUAUAAAUCCACAUGGACUCAACUCCCUUAAAUUAACGAACAUUACUUUAGUACUCAGACUUUUCAUUGCAAAAUUAGAUGUCAUUGUUUGAAAGUAGAAGCUAAAUAGAAGAAGGAGAUGAAUAAAACUCCUCCAUCAGCCAUUAUACAUUACAGCUGCUGAGGUUUUCAUCUAUGUUUCUAUGUAAACAAAUGAAUCUAAUAUUUUGGUGAAUAACUGCAGGUAACUGUUUGAUGACUUGACAACUUGUUGUACUGUUUUGAUUCCUACCUGUACCAACCAUGUUUAUGAUGUCCUCAGGCCCCGGCACUAUAGACACAAUCUGUUCCUGUUGUAGGUGGAAUCUGUGAAAUGGGUACAAAUUACUUUACGGUGUGUGCAGUUUAUGAACCUCUUUUUCUCUCCUUUGUGAAUUUAACAACUUUCCAAUUUUAUAUUGCUAAUUUGUACUUGUAAGAAAACUGUCUAUUUCAAACAAGCAGAAAUAAAGUUGU